AUGGGUGUGCUUGCUGAUAUCUCUGGGCCGAUUGGCAACUUCACUGCCAACUCCUCCACCCCUGUCACUAUCGCCGCCGGUUUCGCAUCCUUCCUCGUUCUUGCGGUUGUCCUCAACGUUCUGCAGCAGUUGUUGCUCAAGAACCCCAAUGAGCCGCCUCUCGUCUUUCACUGGUUCCCGGUGAUUGGUAGCACAAUCACGUACGGUAUCGACCCGUAUAAGUUCUUCUUCACCCAGCAGAAGAAGUACGGCAAUGUCUUCACCUUCGUUCUCCUCGGUCGCAAGAUGACUGUCUGCCUCGACACUAAGGGCAACAACUUCAUCCUCAACGGAAAGCUCAAGGACGUCAACGCCGAGGAGAUCUACAGUCCGCUCACCACUCCUGUGUUCGGCAAGGAUGUCGUCUACGACUGCCCCAAUGCCAAGUUGAUGGAGCAGAAGAAGUUCGUCAAGUUCGGUCUCACCCAAGACGCCCUCCGCUCCUACGUCACCGUUAUCACCGAAGAAGUCGAGAACUUCGUCAAGCGCCACAAGGUCUUCCAGGGCAAGAAGGGCACCUUUGAUGUGACCAAGGUCAUGGCCGAGCUCACCAUCUACACUGCCUCCCGCUCCCUUCAAGGCCAGGAGAUCCGCGACUCCUUCGAUUCUAGGUUCGCCGAGCUGUACCACGAUCUCGACAUGGGUUUCUCGCCUAUCAACUUCAUGCUUUCCUGGGCUCCUCUUCCCCACAACCGUGCGCGUGACAACGCACGUGAGACCAUGAUCAAGCUCUACUCGGACAUUGUUCGCAGGCGCAGGAGCGGCGAGGCUGAGAGGAAGGAGGGUGAGCACGACAUGAUCUGGCAUUUGUUGGAGUGCAAGUACAAGGACGGCACACAAAUUCCUGAGCACGAGAUCGCUGGUAUCAUGAUUGCGCUCCUUAUGGCUGGUCAGCACUCUUCGUCUUCCACUAUCGCCUGGAUUCUUCUCCGUCUGGCCCAAAAUCCCGGCCUUAUUGAAGAGCUUCUAGAGGAGCAGAAGUCUGCUCUUGGACAGGAUCUCCCGCCUCUCACCUACGAGGACCUUCCGAAGUUGUCUCUACACGCCCAAGUCGUCAAGGAAACCCUCCGUCUUCACGCUCCCAUCCACUCCAUCAUGCGCAAGGUCAAGCAGCCUCUUGUCGCAGAUGGCACCAACUACGUUAUUCCUACCUCGCACACACUCAUGUCUUCGCCUGGGUUCUCCGCGCAGCUCGACUCUCACUUCGUCAACGCCGAGGUCUGGGACCCCCACCGUUGGGACGCUGACCAGCACAACUAUGAUGAGCCGGAGGCAGUCGCGGGUGGCGAGGACACCAUCGAUUACGGUUGGGGUGUCAUCUCCAAGGGAACCAACUCGCCAUACCUUCCCUUCGGCGCGGGACGUCAUAGGUGUAUCGGUGAGCAGUUCGCGUACUUGCAGCUGCAGACCAUCCUUGUGGCUUUCGUAAGAGAGUUCAAGCUCAGGAACGUGGGUGGCAGCAAGGACAUUGUCGGCACAGAUUACUCAAGUCUAUUCUCCAGGCCGCUGGCGCCUGGUACUGUUGAGUGGGAGAGGAGGAACUAG